AUGUUUGCAUUCGACCCUCUACAAGACACGGAUUUCACAGUGGCGCGGAACACCCCAGGAGCGGCCGGCGCCAUGCAGGCCAGCCUCAAGGUUCGGGUGGCAAAGCACACCGGGCCGUUCAUGUUUACCCUCACUUGUUCCAGCAUGUCGUGGCCGUUGUUCCACUUUGGCGACGGCGCCCUGGAGCAAAUCCUCCGCCGCCUGUGCGAAGACGACUGUGGCGCCAAUUUCCACGCAAUCAUCAUAAGGAACUGCGACGUCUCCCACCUCACGCUUGCGCAGGCGCUGCGAUACUGCCGUAUCAGCCGCGACUGCACGACGCUGCGCCUCCUCCCGCGUUAUGAGGCAGGAGUGAUGACUCCUUCGGUUGCGUGUGACCUCUUCCUCAACAUGUUUAUCACCACGCUUGCCGCCCAGCAGCGCGUUCACCCCCUCCGGGAGCUACAUAUCGCGACCGAUUCGCCUGGGCUAAUCGUGCGCCUCCUCACCUCACCCCAGCUUCCGUACCUGCGCAUCCUCAACGUGCCCGGGUUUGAGGGGGACCGUCGGCCCAUUGCUGCCGCGAUGCAGCGAAACACGUCGCUUGUCCAGCUCGUGCUCGACUGGGACGGAAGGCCGACUGCCCCGGAUGCCGAUGAAGCGCGCAUGUGGCGCAAGGUCGACAACAACAAUCAGCAGGAGAAGGCCCGCUACUGGGCGAUGGGACCAGCCUGCAUCCUCGCGCGAUCAACUCUGGCUCGGUCGUCGGAGGCAGGCAGUCUGACCAACCUCGCCAACAUUCCAGCCGAGAUCAAGGUCUCCAUCUUGAAGCACUGCGUUCCAGCUGGACCCCUCAAGACGGAUUACGCUUUUCGCCUUCUCAAGUUCGCCAAGCAGAAGAGCGGAGUGUUCGAAGGGCGCAUGAGUGGCAAGCCUGACGCACACGGUCCGCUCCCUCACCGCCAGGCGGACUGGUGUCUGUCGGUGCUGCGUUACAAGGAGGAGGCGGCAGAGGAAGCGUCGACCGAGUAG